AUGUCCAACCCUAACCACGACCCCUUCUACUCGUCCCCCUUCGGACCCUUCUACCGGAGACACUCGCCCUACAUGGUGCAGCCCGAGUACCGGAUCUAUGAGAUGAACAAGCGGCUCCAGACGCGCACCGAGGAAAGUGACAGCUUGUGGUGGGACGCCUUUGCCACAGAAUUCUUUGAGGAGGAUGCCACGCUCACACUGUCCUUCUGUCUCGAGGAUGGACCAAAGAGAUACACGAUUGGACGGACGCUAAUCCCCCGCUACUUCAGCACGGUGUUCGAGGGCGGCGUCAGUGAGCUGCACUACAUCCUCAAGCACUCCAAGGAGUCCUUCCACAACUCGUGCAUCACGCUGGACUGCGACCAGUGCACCAUGGUCACCCAGCACGGCAAGCCCAUGUUCACCAAGGUUUGCACGGAAGGCCGUCUGAUCGUGGAGUUUGCCUUCGACGAUCUGAUGAGGAUCAAGACGUGGCACUUUACCAUCCGGCAGUACCGAGAGCUCAUCCCCCGCAGUAUAUUGGCCAUGCAUGCACAAGACCCUCAGGUGCUGGAGCAACUGUCCAAAAACAUCACACGCAUGGGUUUGACCAACUUUACCCUCAACUACCUCAGGUUGUGUGUCAUCCUGGAGCCCAUGCAGGAGCUCAUGUCCCGGCAUAAAACGUACAACCUCAGCCCGCGAGACUGUCUCAAGACAUGCCUGUUCCAAAAGUGGCAGAGGAUGGUGGCGCCGCCAGCCGGACACCCGCAGAACUUCAAAACGGAAAUUUUCCCCAGCAAUCACAAAAAAGCUGAGCCCGCCCGACAGACCACCGCCAAGCGGAGGAAACGGAAGAACUCUGCCAGCAGCGCCAGUAGCAGCGUAGGCGCCGCCGGCAAGAAGCGCAGCCCCGCCACCAACUUCAGCCUCUCCAGUCAGGACGUGAUGGUGGUAGGCGAGCCCACGCUGAUGGGCGGCGAAUUCGGCGACGAAGAUGAGCGUCUGAUCACGCGUCUGGAGAACACGCAGUACGAUGCCACCAACGGCCUGGAUGAUGAUGACGACUUCACCGGCUCGCCGGCGCUGACCAACAACGGGCCUUGGAGUGGCAAGGCGCCCAACGGCGGGCCCGAUAGCAAAGUGGAGAACGCGGCGCCGCAGGCCUCGCAGUAG